GGAGUCGCAGAGGAAGUGAAGUGUCACCGACAGACUCGCCAAAACAGAAAGAGCCGGAGACGCGGUGCUUUGAUGGUCCUCGGCCUCGGUACGCUUUUAAACUGGCCCACUACAAGUCCGGAGCAGAGCGUUGGUUGGAUUGUGUUUAGAGGACUGGUGUUAGGAGGCCUGGAGUGCUGGCAUCAUGGUGAAGAAUGCGGUGUCGUGCUGAAGAAUGUUCCGCAAGGUCAAGAAGCGCCACAGCAGCAGCAGCUCCCAGAGCAGUGAGAUCAGCACCAAGAGCAAGUCUGUAGAGUCCAGUCUGGGAGGCCUGUCCAGGUCCAGCACAGUCGCCAGCCUUGAUACAGACUCCACCAAGAGCUCAGGUAACAGUGCAUCUGAGACAUGCGCUGAGUUCAGAGUUAAAUAUUUGGGAGCUGUUGAGAAGCUGGACUUUGAGAUGAGCAAAGCUCUCCAGGAGCCAUUAGAUCUGAUCAGCUAUAUUGAUGCAGCUCAGCAAGACGGAAAGCUGCCCUUUGUGCCUGGAGAAGAGGAGAUGAUCCUGGGAGUGUCCAAGUAUGGAGUCAAAGUGGCGUCUUUGGACCAGUGUGACGUGUUACACCGACACCCUCUCUACCUGAUCGUGCGCAUGCUGUGCUAUGAAGACGGCCUUGGAGCUGGGAGGAACCUCCUGGCACUCAACACCACCGAUGCCAAGCAGCAGCAGUGCAGCAUCUGGGUCUACCAGUGCAGCAACGCGGAGCAAGCUCAAGCCAUCUGUAAAGUGCUCUCAGCUUCCUUCGACUGUGUUCUGGCCUCGGAGAAAUCCUGAGGUCCAUCUCUCCUACGACCGCCUAGCCUUUAACAGAGUGUCAAAGUGGCAUAAAGGCAUGCUCCAUGGAUAAUGUUUACAGUGUCCGCAGAAGUCAUCCGUUUUUGUCCCGAACUGAAGCCAUUUUCGCUCCUCCUCUUGUAGCGGUUAAGUUUAGGAUUAAAAUAAAGUAAAUCUGCUCCGUGAUCAGAAUAUAAGCGCUCCCUCUGCAGGGAACAGUGUUUACACAUCAGUCGUGUACAUUAUAUCCUCUGCUUCUGAUAUUCCAACCUCCAUCAUCCAAAGACCUUCCAGGCAAGUCUUUAGCCUAAUUUAAUCUUAUUUAAUGUAAAUAUACACUGAGCUCAGCAUACAGUUUCGGCUGCGAUCCAGUAACUGAGCUUCUCGUGGGAUUAAUGCGAUCAGUGGUACAGUAAUUACAGCGAGUACGGAGGAGCACAAGGACUUGUUCAUCAAACAUGCUGUAAAUUCCAGCUAGCUGUAGCUCAGUGGGUGGAGGGCGGGGAGGUCUGAUGUUCAGUGCUGUUUGCAACAGACCCACCCUCUCCUGUCCAGCCCAUAAAUCCUGGUCCAGAUGGGACUGGAUCAGUUCAUACGGUACUUAUAACCUCAAAAACGGUACAAUAAACCUUUUUUUAAUUGA